AUGUUACAGGAUGCAGUCCAGGAGCUUAAAUGCAAAGUUGAGAACCUUGAUAUUUCUGGAUACCAAAGGGUCGAGCUAUCGCAAAUAUCCAAAGACAUGAUUGGGAAAAAGAUUAGGACAUUUGGAUGGAUAGAAAGCAUCAGAUCACAAGCAACUAUCACAUUUUUCAACUUGUAUGCACAAUACAAAUCAGUCAAAUGCGUAUAUCUUGUAAAAGCACAUUUGACAAUGUGCACAUCAGUAGAGAUAUAUGGAACAGUCUCGAAGAAUCUUGGUAAGGGCGAUGGGCAUGAAUUUGAAAUUCAGGUUGAUGGGCUUUCGAUAUACAAUAACUCGAUUGCGCCAUCAUUUCCGCUAAAUGAGGAAUCGUGUACAAACUCGAUUCUUCACAAUGGGCACCUUGCACUGCGUACAAAGAAAAGGCAAUUUUUUCUGCAGGCAAGAAGCCAUCUUCUGAGGGUUAUAAGGGACUUCUAUUUUGAAAGCAAAUACACAGAAAUAACGCCGCCAACAAUGGUGCAGACACAGGUUGAGGGAGGAAGUACGCUUUUCAAGCUAGACUAUUAUGGGGAAGAUGCAUUCUUGACACAGUCAUCGCAGUUGUACCUGGAAACAGUAGUACCUGUUGCACACCGAGUUUAUUGCAUCAUGCCAUCGUACAGAGCAGAGAAAAGCAGAACAAGAAGACACUUAAGCGAGUACACGCAUGUUGAAGCAGAAUUGGCAGAUAUAUGCUUUGAUGAUUUGAUUGCAUCUAUUGAAAAUCUGAUUUCAUACACCAUGCAAAGAUUCUAUGAUGAGAUGAAAGAUGAUAUUUUGAGUGUGUAUCCAAAUUUCGAGUUCCACAAGGUUCCCACACAGCAGUUCAAAAGAAUCAGAUAUUCUGAAGCGAUAGAGCUGUUGAAUAGUAAAGGAUACAAGAAAGAGGAUGGAAACGACUUUGAGCUUGGAGAUGAUAUUCCGGAUGCAGCAGAAAGGUAUUUGGUUGAUAUUGUUGGAGAAGGCUUCCCUGUGUUCUUAACACACUUUCUUGUUGAACACAAAUCGUUCUACAUGAGGACUGAGGAAAGCAAUGCCAAGCUAACUCUAAGUGCAGAUCUUUUGUUCCCAGGCAUUGGAGAAAUUCUUGGAGGAUCAAUGAGGAAAGAUUUAUAUGAAGAUCUUGUGGAAGGAUUCAAUAGGGAAGGCAUUUCGAUUGAUCCGUACUAUUGGUACCUUGAUAUGGCAAGGUUUGGCCCUUGCAUGCAUGGAGGAUAUGGGCUUGGGUUUGAAAGGUUCAUGAUGGGAAUUAUGAAGUAUGAGAAUGUUGAUAAGUCAACCCUAUAUCCAAGAAAACCCUCAAGAUGCCAGCCAUAG